GCUCGUUCCGCCUCACUUCCCUCUUCCUUUGUGCGGUGCUGUCCCCUCCUGCCAAGUCCUCCCUACCCCAGAUCGUAGCGCCGCCCGGGCUCGUGCCUGCGGCGCGGGGAAACUCCAGCCCUGCGCGCAGUAACCCAAACUCCACAGCUGAUAGGGUUUGGGCCCAUUAAACCGCUGCACUGUUUCUGUGGCUCUCACGGGGUCGCGUUCCCCGAGGGAAACCCCAGUCUCUGACUCUGUCAUUCUCGCCAGCGGCCCCCUGGCUCGCUCGUCUGGGUCUUUCGAAGAAGAGAGGGGCAAGCAGGUGGUUCUCGGGGGUCCCUGGCAUGAGCAGUGCGGUGCGGCGGGCACGGGUUCGGGGUCCGGGGAGGGCGGCCCUACACCCCUGGGACCCGCGGCCUGUGGGGGUGGGGCAGGCAGGCUGACUCCGGGCUCUGCGGCGCCGGACGCGCGGCCCGCCGGGGGUUAACCGCUGUCCUGGAUGCUCGCUGCGGGGGCUUGCUGCCCUCCCGGAGGGUUAGCCGCCCCUCUGGGACUGGCCCGCCUGAGGGGUUCGUGGCCCGUCGGGACUGGCCGGUCCGCGGGGCUCGCUGAGGAUCGGACUGCCUGGUGCUGGGGGCUUGCAGCCCGCGCCCGGUGGACCAUCCGCGGGGGUGGAGACCGGAUCGAAGAGUGCCUCCCGGUGAGACACCAGAAACUGCAGCCUCUUUCAAAACACGCAGCUGCUCAAUGGAGUUGUUUUACAGUCACGGAUGCCUGCUCUCUCCUCCUUUCUCUCAGUUCUGGGCUUAGCUUGCUGGUUUCCUGCGGGAGGCGAUUUAUCUACUUCGCUCGAGUUUUCUAGCCCAGGGCUGGUCCUUUACUGGAUUCGCACUGUCCUAGCGUUUGGGUGCCUGCGUUUGAAAAGCUUUUUAUAUGUUUUCGCACUUGGCAGUGUUGGAUCGGAUGACUUUUUGUAGAAAAUUGAACUUUUCUCAGUAUUCCUUCUAAUCUGCAUUAAUAGCAUAACUACGUUUGGCCCUUUACCUUAUGCUAAUGUUACCACUUUGGGAGAAAGUUCUUGAAAGAAACUGGUUCGACACAGGUAUUUUAUCUGCUCGUUGCACGUUUUUUUUCUUUGUUUUCUUUGCAUUGUUUUUUUUCCUGUGUAGGUUGAUACUUGCUGACCCUUGGUGUUCUUCAUUUUCAUUCUAUGAGGAAAUCCUUUUCCUCCACCUCCCUCGAGUCUUGAUCCUGCCAGAGGGUAGACUUGGGCAUGUGGGAUCUUAACUGGCCAACCAAGGAUCGAACCUGCACCCCCUGCAUUGGAAGGCAAAGUCUUAACCACUGGAUCGCCAGGGAAGUCCCUCGGCCAAGUUCUAUAGAUCUCAGCUAACUGGACAAUGACAGUUGAGUAGGUUUUGAAAAAUGUCUGAAGUUUAGUGGACUGCAUCUACCUUCUCCCCAUCUACCUUUUCCCCGUCCUUUACAAAAGAAUAAAUGGGAUGUUUGAGAAGAGAGCUGUAUUAAAAGAAGAGUGUUACAAAUGGCUUCAGAAUCUGUAAAUGCAAAACAAGCUAGGAAUCGCUUCACAAAGGGGAAGAGGCAACAGCACCAGCAAGUAAAGAACAGAUCUUCACUUGGUGAUGGUGAUGGAGAAGACUCCUUUAUCUUUGAAGCAAAUGAAGCUUGGAAAGAUUUUCAUGGUUCUCUUCUUCAGUUUUAUGAAAAUGGAGAACUCUGUGAUAUCACAUUGAAGGUUGGCUCAAAGCUAAUCUCUUGUCACAAACUGGUAUUGGCUUGUGUUAUUCCCUACUUCAGAGCUAUGUUUCUCUCUGAAAUGGCUGAAGCCAAGCAAACACUGAUUGAGAUCAGAGAUUUUGAUGGUGAUGCAAUAGAAGACUUGGUAAAGUUUGUCUAUUCUUCAAGACUCACUUUGACUGUUGACAAUGUCCAGCCUCUCUUAUAUGCAGCCUGUAUUCUACAGGUUGAACUGGUGGCUAGAGCUUGUUGUGAAUACAUGAAGUUACAUUUUCAUCCCUCCAAUUGUCUGGCAGUAAGAGCCUUUGCAGAAAGUCACAAUCGAAUAGACUUAAUGGACAUGGCGGAUCAGUAUGCCUGUGAGCAUUUUCCUGAAGUGGUGGAGUGUGAAGACUUUGUAAGUGUGUCACCUCAGCAUCUCCAUAAGCUUUUGUCCUCCAGUGAUUUAAAUAUUGAGAAUGAAAAGCAGGUCUAUAGUGCAGCCAUCAAGUGGCUUCUUGCCAAUCCUCAGCAUCAUUCCAAAUGGUUGGAUGAAACACUUGCACAGGUUCGUUUGCCGCUGUUGCCGGUUGAUUUUCUUAUGGGUGUUGUGGCAAAAGAACAGAUUGUCAAACAAAAUCUAAAAUGUAGAGAUUUAUUGGAUGAAGCAAGAAAUUACCACCUUCACUUGAGUAGCAGAGCAGUACCUGACUUUGAAUACUCCAUUCGGACUACCCCAAGGAAACAUACUGCUGGUGUGCUAUUUUGUGUAGGUGGCCGAGGUGGAUCGGGUGACCCCUUUCGCAGUAUCGAAUGCUAUUCUAUCAACAAAAACAGUUGGUUCUUUGGACCAGAAAUGAACAGUCGAAGGCGACAUGUGGGUGUAAUCUCAGUGGAAGGUAAAGUGUAUGCAGUGGGUGGACAUGAUGGAAAUGAACAUUUAGGUAGUAUGGAGAUGUUUGAUCCUCUCAAUAAUAAAUGGAUGAUGAAGGCAUCAAUGAACACAAAGAGGCGAGGAAUUGCCUUGGCCUCCUUGGGAGGCCCAAUUUAUGCAAUUGGAGGGUUAGAUGACAACACUUGCUUCAACGAUGUUGAGAGAUAUGACAUAGAAUCUGAUCAGUGGAGUACAGUGGCACCAAUGAAUACUCCCCGUGGAGGAGUUGGCUCUGUGGCUCUUGUGAACCAUGUUUAUGCAGUAGGUGGCAAUGAUGGAGUAGCUUCUCUGUCUAGUGUGGAGAGGUAUGAUCCACAUCUCGAUAAAUGGAUAGAAGUUAAAGAAAUGGGUCAGCGAAGAGCAGGCAAUGGAGUUAGUGAGCUCCAUGGUUGCUUAUAUGUUGUUGGUGGUUUUGAUGAUAAUUCUCCUCUGAGUUCAGUUGAGCGGUAUGAUCCUCGAAGCAACAAGUGGGAUUAUGUAGCAGCCCUUACCACUCCCAGGGGUGGAGUGGGGAUCGCAACAGUGAUGGGCAAAAUCUUUGCAGUUGGUGGUCAUAAUGGCAAUGCAUACUUAAAUACAGUAGAAGCAUUUGAUCCAGUGCUGAAUAGGUGGGAGCUUGUUGGAUCUGUGUCUCACUGCAGAGCUGGAGCAGGUGUAGCUGUGUGUGCCUGUUUAACUAGCCAAAUUCGAGAUGUAGGUCAUGGAUCCAGUAAUGUGGUUGACUGUAUGUGACUUGAACUCCAGCCACCAACAAUUUAAUAACAUCUGAUAGGCAAGAAAGACUACCAGUAUUUUGUAAUGGCCACCUUUGAACAAUUUUAACUACUACUAGAGUCUCAUUUAAAUGUAAACUGUUGUAUUGUGACUAAGUGCAACUUUUGAAAUGGUAGCUGAAACUCCUAGUAAUAAAGUUCAUACUUCCCACUUUAACAAAUAAUGAAGUAGGGAAGGAAGACACUCUAACCUGAAACCAUCUCUCCUCCAAAAAAAAAUGUGUUUAAAGGAGUGCCAAAACCUUGAAAUUCCUUUUUUUAAAAAGUGUGUAUGAAUCAAAAUGUAAAAUGAAGUCAUUUGCUAAGCUUUACCUUUUGCCUAAAGGUGUUAACCUUAGGCAGUGGAUUUUUCCUAGAGGGGAGAUUGGAACCUAUUCAUCAACACAAGGAUAUCAGGACACAUAACAGAUCUGCUCCAUUUGAAGAUCUUUUCUACUUGGUGCUGAUGAAUUUAUGCCUUGCUUUUUCUAGGUGUUGAGUUUUCAAUUCCUUGGCUAUUACAGAAAUAGGAAAAAUGUUUCAUCUUUCUGAGUGCCCUUUAUUUGUGUUUUCAGAAGCUUAUAGGAAUGCUGUGGGAAGCCCUUAAUUUCAGUUUGAAUUGUUAGGACACCAAAAGAUCUAACUGAACUAAUUCCCUCUGAACGAAUCUGCAGUUUUAUUUUUUCAUUGCAUGCCGAAAGGAUUUGUUUCAUAAUCAGAAAUUGAACCAGAGGGGAUAUUAGAGGAGAAGGCUUUAAAGUCGACAUUAUUCUAGUGCCCAUUUGAGAGCCUUGAGAGGGAAUGGUGUCCAUUACAUGACUCCCUAAUGAGGAGACUCCAAAAAUAUGUUUAACACUCUUCUUUGAUUUAGUCAUUUCAUUUUGAACCCAAGAUUUAUUAUCUUUCUAUUUUGUUAUUUGCCACCAUCAUAGUUUUUCUAAACUGUACAGAGUCUGGAUUUAUUUAUUUUCAGUAAAUGAAUGCAUUUUUACAAAAACCCUUUAUAGAUUGUAGUUGAACUGUUGAAUACUUCAAGUCCAUCAUUACCAAUAAAAGAUAUUGUAAAAACAGAAAGAUUGAAACUGUUUUUCCUGUUAUAUUUAAUUCUCUCCAGUAUAUUUAUUGAACUUUAAUUGAAAAUAUUUCUUUAGAUUACUUUAAAGCCCAGGAUAUUGAUAUAUCUACUGAUCUAACAGCUCUUCAUGGUUUUAGCAGCAUUAUAAAGUGGCUUAUUUGUUAUAUGUGUUAUAUAUUUUUAUAAAUAUUUAUGAAGAAUAUUAAAAUAUUAUAUUUUGUAUUUGCAGUGCAAGUUUGGUACCUCUCUUUUAGGCCUUCCUAAAUUUUCCUUUAGUCAUGCCUUAGAAUUUAGUAUAGUUUACUGCUGUCAGUCAUCUUGUUCACAAGGAAGCUGGGGCAGUGAAGAACACUACUCCAUCUGUCCAGCCCUGAAGCUCAUUACCUAGUAGCUGUGAUGGUCCUUAUUAAAUGGCAACCUAGGCUUGUCAGUACAGUAAGGCAGAAGGCCACAUUCCAAAAGCCAGUGCCUUGGAUAUAUUAGAUCAAAAAAAUAAGAAGAAAAAAUUGUAAGUGGGCUCAGCUAGCAGAUAAAGGUCUAUCGUGAAGCAAAUUUAAAUGUCCCAGUUUUUUGCUUUCAGCCUGUGGGCAAGUCCAUAAGUCAUUGCUGGAUCUGAACCAGUGUUCUCUUGUACAAUUGUAACCGUAUUUCAGUCAAUCCCAAAAGCAUUGAACUCCGUAGCACUCAGUGGACUGGCUACAACUGGCUGGAUGUGGAGAAUAAGGCUCAAAACCUGGCUUCAGCUAUUUCUUAUGUCUAAUGGAGUUCUUGUAUUAUAAUGCUUGUCUAGGUAUGGUUACUGGUGUGUUACAUGUAUUUUUGUGGGGGAGGGGAUCUUGUAUUCUUUCUAAGAUUAUUUAAAAUGUUUUUUUCUUUAACAUAUUUCUGCCUUUGUCAUGUGUAUAGCAUUUAGGAACAUGAAGGUGUUACAUUUCCAUUACUGGUUUUAUCUAUACAGUAGUCAUCUAACAUUACUAAGUUGGUACCCUAGCUACCCAUAAAAUAUGAACUACUCAUAAGGGAAGUAAAGUGAAGUAAAUGGAACAUGUGGCUGGCUGUUACAUCAUGUGUGGGUAGUCAGAAGCACAGCCUUGAAGGACCUGACAAUGGUAUGAAAAGAUUAAUAGUAGAGUCAAUAUGCACCGUCUCUUUAUUAGAAACAUAUUCUUUGAGAUAUGAAAUGUGAAUCAGGCUGAAGGAAUCAUGCAACUGAAAGGUGAUUAUAUUCACAGGAACAGAAGGAUGAAAUAUUCAAAGAAGAUGGCUACUUAAUUGUGAGGCCUGUCCCUUUAACCUCAGAUGUUAAGAUCACCUACCAAAAAGACAUAAAGUAGAGCUAAAAUUCUAAAUUAUAAAUGGAAAAAAGAAAAAGUAAAAAUUUGCAUAUUUCUUUGAAAAGUAUUUCUAGUUGCUUCUGUGUGAUUCUCCCGAAUAGUUAUUAAAGCCACUGCUUUUACUGUGUUGUACUGCCACUUUAAAAACAAAUUACUUGAUACUGUUUUUGACUAAUUUCACUAUAUUCUGUGUAACUAAUUUAUUUUUAAAUGUUUGAAUAAACUGUGUACUCUAAGGAGUAUUAUUCAUUCUCUUAAUUCCUAAAUGCAUUUUAAACUUACAGUGCUGUUAAAUGCCUAGAUAAGAGAUUGUUGAAAUUGCAGAAACUACUCUUGCAAAUGGUACACUUGAGUGUUUUGUUCCUUUUUUCUCCAUGUCUUAUAUCAUAGAAAAUGCAUUUAGAAUCUAAUUCAUGUCUUAUUGGUUAAGAAUGUUUUCUGUGGUUUCUCGUAUCAGACUUCUAAAGAAAUUAUAUUGGGGUGUCAUUGACUCUGUCUCUUUUUCUCCUUUAUGUGGAGUAAACAAGUGGCAAUAAAACUUCUCUAUAAUAUUUUCUUAAAACCAUGUAUUAGUGUAGUAGUAUUCCAGCAAAUCAAAAUAAUAAAUUAUCAUAUAUACUACCAAGUACUGAGAUCAGAAAGUUGCUAUUUAUUGAUUCAAAAUAUGUUGCAUGUACCUAUU